AAGUUCGGUCGCUCUGAGCUGCCCAAUGACAAAUGGCUUACCUAAGCCCCUCCUUAUCGCGCCUUGUGGCACCCGUUGGCGACAAAAACUCUGGGGAAAAUUGUUUCUGGCCGCAAAAAGUUUUUGAGCUUGGCGACUGAUAAGGCCUCUGUUUGAUUGAAGUACUGUUGCUCGUCUUGACACCUUGAAUACUGGCUAACGUGAAUAUUCAACAUGGCGGCAUCGAAACCCAAUGCUAACAUGCUGUGGGGCGGCCGUUUCACCGGCGGCCUCGACCCUCUCAUGGUAUCCUACAAUGAGUCGAUUUACUUCGAUCGUGCCAUAUAUGCCCAGGACAUCAAAGGAAGCGUAGCAUAUGCUCGUGCAAACUCCAAGAUUGGAAUCCUCACGGAAGAAGAGUUCAAGACCAUUGAGAAGGGCUUCGGUGAGGUUCUGUCCGAGUGGGAGGACGGCAAGUUCGAGAUCAAACCUGGUGUCGACGAGGACAUUCAUACUGCCAACGAGCGCCGUCUCGGUGAGAUCAUUGGUACUCAGAUAGCCGGAAAGCUUCACACAGGCCGAAGCCGUAACGACCAAGUCGGCACAGGCAUGCGACUUUGGCUAAGGGAUCAGUUGCGUGAGAUGGAGCAACACCUGAUCUCUUUACUCCGUGUUACCACAUCUCGGGCCAAGUCGGAGAUCUCAGCUUUGAUGCCUGGGUACACUCACUUGCAACGGGCUCAGCCGAUUCGAUGGUCCCACUGGCUGUUGAGUUAUGGCACCGUCUUCACAUCUGACCUCGAGCGUCUGAGGGAGGUCAUCAAGCGGGUCAACCGCUCGCCUCUUGGCUCCGGAGCUUUGGUGGGCAACCCCUUCGGCAUUGACCGUGAGGCCAUGGCCAAAGAGCUCGGCUUCGAAGGCAUCAUCAAUAACUCCAUGGCCGCCGUGGCGGAUCGAGACUUUGUGGUUGAAACACUCCAGUGGGCCGCUACGCUGAUGCAACACAUUUCUCGAUGGGCGGAAGAUCUGAUCAUCUAUUCAACGGCCGAGUUUGGUUUUGUCAGACUCGCGGAUGCAUAUUCGACAGGGAGCAGCUUGAUGCCGCAGAAGAAAAAUCCCGACUCUCUCGAGCUGCUUCGAGGAAAGAGUGGUCGGGUUUUCGGAUACAUGGCGGGACUGAUGAUGAGUGUCAAGGGCCUGCCUUCGACGUACAACAAGGACCUGCAAGAGUCCUUCGAGCCUAUGCUUGACGGCGUCAAGACAACGGCCGACUCCAUACAGAUAGCCACUGGCGUUUUGUCGACGUUGUCAAUUGUCCCCGACAAGAUGAAAGCUGCCCUAACCCCGGAUAUGUUAGCCACCGACCUUGCUGACUACCUUGUCCGCAAGGGCGUACCGUUUCGCGAGACUCACCAUAUCAGUGGCAGGGUUGUGGCGUUGGCUGAGAAGGAAAAGAAGCCGAUGGACACACUAAGUCUGCAACAGCUGCAAGGUGUGGACAGCAGGUUCGCUGAGGAUGUCAUGGAGGCUUUCAAUUACGAGAGCAGUGUCGAGAAGAGAACAGUUUUGGGCGGCACCAGCAAGAAGAGCAUCGAGGAACAAAUUGCCAGGAUACAGGAAUUAUUAGAAUGAACAGGAUAUGAGCGCUUCUUCUUUGGUGGAGGUAGAAUAGGAGUUAUGCAAACUGGUAGAGGUUUCCAAAAGUCUUGUUGAAGAAGAUCGUAGAAUUUCGAUACCAUUAUAUGAUGGU